UUGGAUUCCACCCGCAAAUUCGACUGUACUUCCAAGGAUACCAUUUCUGUCUUCUGCAAUUAGGGCGUCGUGGUUCGCCCUAAUCCCUCAGGGUACCUUAUUUUUUCUUCUCUCCUAAAUUCUCAAUUUCCCUUUGCAUUUUCUUCUACUCUUACUACUCAAAGCUAGCCACCAGUAGAAAUUUGGCAAUUAGUCGGAUAUUUUUCGUGACCUCUUCCCGCCGUGAAUUCAUUCUCACAAGUCCUAAACCCUCUCACUUUUUGCCCUAAACCCUUACCGCAUCUUUCUCCAAACGGCGACGUCUUGCCUCAAACGCUCUCACUUUCAUCCUCUCCAAACCGUGGUCGAACCAUCUCCAAACUCCUUAUCGAUUGCCCUCGGCAUCGUCCUCGCGGCCCUCCGCUGACAGCCUCUUUCCCCUCCCCCGACGGUCAUAUAAUCUUGUACACCUCGUGGCCUUGUCAUCCUCACUGUCGGUUCAUCGCCGCCCUUGCCCGCCUCAAAUCGACCUGUUUGAUUUAAACUGAUGUAUGUUACCAGAGAAAAGGGUUUGUUUGGAUAUGGGUGGUGACGAGCACAUGAACGAGGAGCUAGAGCUGAGGGAUUCACUUGAUAAGGAGAAGAAAUUGGAAGAUGGUUUGAAGUUGAAUGUGGUCACUGAGGAAGUGAGGGGAGGAGUGCUUGCUGAAAAUGGUUGUCUCUCUCUUGAAGAUGGGAGUCCCAAGAGAAGCACUGAGAUUGUUGGAACAUCUGUAUCAGGUGUUAAAAGGGCCCGGAUUAAUGUUGAUGAACGUCAACCGUCAGUUCAUUUUACGUAUACUUCCCUAACAAGGGGUAGUAGACAGAAGCUUCAGGAACUUUUACGACAAUGGUCAGAAUGGCAUGCCAAACAUGCUAUGUCAUCCAAUGAUGAAAGCGAAGUAUUGGAAUCUGGUGAGGAGACAUUUUUUCCUGCUCUCCAUGUUGGGCUUGAAAAGACAUCUGCGGUGUCAUUCUGGAUGGAGAACCAAACAAGAAAUGAUAAAAAUAAGGAUUUCAUGCCUUUAGCUGACCAUUCUGUGCCUCUAUAUGACCGGGGAUAUACUUUGGGAUUGACUUCAACUGAUGGUUCAAGUAAUGUGGAUGGUGGUUUAGAGAUUAUUGAUGAUCCUGCUCGGUGUUUCAAUUGUGGUUCUUAUAACCACUCAUUGAGAGAGUGUCAGAGGCCCCGAGACAACACUGCUGUUAAUAAUGCUCGCAAACAACACAAGUCCCGACGGAAUCAGAAUUCUUCCUCCCGGAAUCCAACUCGUUAUUAUCAGAAUUCUCCUGCUGGAAAGUAUGAUGGUUUGAGGCCAGGUGUUCUGGAUGAUGCAACACGUCAACUUUUGGGCUUGGGGGAGCUUGAUCCACCUCCAUGGCUUAACAGAAUGCGAGAAAUAGGAUACCCACCUGGAUAUCUUGAUGUGGACAAAGAGGAUCAGCCUUCAGGCAUUAUGAUAUACACCGACAGGGAGAUUGCGGAUCAGGAGGAUGGGGAAAUUAUGGAAGUUGAAUCUGAUUCUUCAAAACCAAAGCGGAGAAUGACUGUCAAAUUUCCAGGAAUAAAUGCUCCCAUUCCAGAUAAUGCUGAUUUGAGAUUAUGGGGCUCUGGGAAUGAACCCUCAAGUUCAGAUAUUUCAAGAAACCUGUUGGCACCACACAGAUCGAAUUAUAGUUCUGAUUAUGGUAGCCGAGGACAUCAUCGGGAGAAUAGAUUGGGUGGGGAUCUUACUGAUGAUGGUCCACCAGGGGACCCAGGUCAUAGUUCAUCCAAGUUUAGUUUUCAUCCUAGGUUUAGUGGCCAUGAGGGUACAAGAAGUCCUUCAUCGUCAAGAUCCCAAUCUGACUGGAAUAGAAGUCCUUUACAUGAUGAAGAACCCCCAAGGCCUUUUUCUUUCCAUUCUCUUCAUUAUUCUCCUUCAGAAAGAGAUUUUGGUAGACCAUGGAACUCGACCUAUGAAAGCAUAUAUGACAGGGACCGUGAUCUUUCUUCUCGAUUUAAGGACAGGCCAGACGAACGCUACCAUCGCAGUUGGUGGUGAGGAUGACAUUAAUAGGAUCUCACCACAUUUCUGUUAUUCAGACGCUUACAUUAUCUUUACCUCACCCCAUUAGGAACUGCUGUUAUGGAAAGUUGGCAGAGUUAACCAUUUUUCUGCUAUAGCUGUAUUUGUACUCUCCUGUGUUAUUUAGUAAAUGUAUACUUUUUUAUUUAAUA